UAGUAACGCCGGUAAUGCGCAGUUGACCGGGUAAAUUUUAUUUUCCAGCGAUAAAAUUCAAUAACGAGAGGAAAAUGUAAAGUCUUCAGAAUUGGAACAUUCGUUAAAGAAGAAGAAGAGCGCGGUCCAAACCAUGGAAUCGUUCCUUGAUGCGUCAAAAGUCGCUUUGUCACAAUUGUCGUCAUACCGAACCGUUCGCGUUGUUCUGGGCAAUCAGACGUGCGAUCUGGAUUCCACCGUGUGUACCCUGGUUCAAGGAUUCUUGGAGUAUGCCAUUGCUAAGAGGAAUGGACGGACCAACAUCGCCGUGAUACCAGUAAUGAAUAUCCCAGAGAAGGAAUUUCACGUCAAGACUGAAGUAAUUUACACCUUGAGAUCUCACGGUAUUCCACUGAAUUUACUAACGUUCAGAGAUCAGAUCAAUUUGCACGAUCUGCAGGACGACAAGAGCCUGCAGCUGAUUCUGGUCGAUCAUCAUACUCUCUUGGACGAAGACGUUGCGCUGAAACCUUUUGUUCUGAAAAUAAUCGAUCAUCGGCCACUGGACCCAGCUUGGUCUUGGCACCAUGUAUUAUUACUCGUAGACACUGUUGGCAGUUGUGCCACUCUUGUUGCACGCAAUGUUUUAGAAAGUAAUCCUAACAUGCUCGAUGCUCGACUUGCGAGCCUUCUGCGAGUUCCUAUAUUAAUCGACACGUAUAACAUGUCAGGUGAGGCUGGUCAAGCAACCACCACCGACGUUGAUGUGUUAAACACCAUCGAGCAACUUGGUGAGCUCGCAGCUGACAGAACUGAGGUGUUUAAUAAAAUCAUGUAUGUGAAAACCGACAUUAGUGAAUUGACUAAUAAAGAACUCAUGAUUAAAGAUCUGAAAGUAACGAAUGGUAUACCUCUUGCAGGAUUCUCUCUUUUGGUGGAAAAUUUCCUGAAGCGAGAUGAUGCAAAAGAAACAAUCGAACAAUUUGCCAAUGAUAGAAAUUGCACCGCCGUUGUUCUUAUCGGUCAAGAUCUGAGCAGUAAGCAUGUGUCUAGAGAUAUUGCAGUAUUCUCAAAGCAAUCUAAUCAAUUGGGAGGUGAUAUAAUCGAAGCAUUGACUUCUUCCACCGAGCCGAAUUUAAAUCUGGAACUGAUCACGGAGCUCCAAGAAGAAAAAUACAGCCUCCAUUUAUAUCGACAAAGAAAUGUCAAGAUAACUCAAAAAUGCAUACUUCCACUCGGCAUGGAAGAAGGAAAAAUUCCGGACGAAGCAAUCACAGCGUCGUCCAGUUACGAAAUGAAGUCCGUGGGUCCUCAAAACGCAAGAAUACGGCAGGAAAAAAAUGGUGGUGCUUGGUGUCCAAAAGCUCAAAUCAGCAGUGCGAUACGUGAAUAUCUGGAGAUUGAUCUGACGAGGGAUCACCUUAUCACUUGGACCGAGACUCAAGGUCGAUUCGGUAACGGUCAGGGUCAGGAGUACGCCGAAGCAUUCUUUUUAGAGUAUUGGCGUCACGAACAGUGGCAUCAGUAUAAAGAUUUAAAAGGGAAUAAGAUCCUGCGUGGUAACAGCAAUACAUAUCUGGUCGAGAAGCAGAAGUUGGAUCUACCAUUUGUCGCGAGCCGAGUAAGAUUCGUUCCUUACAGUCAGCAUCCGCGCACGGUGUGUAUGCGGGUCGAAAUUUAUGGCUGCGUCUGGAAUCAAGACAUCGUUAGUUAUACCGCGCCCAAAGCUGACAAAAUUGGACCUAACGGAUGUAACGUCGAGGAUACGUCAUACGAUGGCACGGAGAUCGAAAAUUUCUUGUUGAAUGGACUGGGGCAAUUAACCGAUGGUAUAAUUGGUAGCGGGAUUGAAUUUCUCAAAUCCGACAGAGUAACUAAUUGGGUCGGAUGGCAGGAUCGCGAAAAUGUCGAGCUGUUCUUCGAGUUCCAAGCGUCCCGGAAAUUCAGGAACUGUACGAUUCACGUGGCCAAUUUGCCCGAUCUAGACAUCGAGGCGUUCUCGACGUUGAGCUUUUGGUUUUCUCCGGAUGGUAAAGAGUAUCACGCGACACGAGAAACGUUUGAAAUGUUCGACAACCCAAGCGUCGUCCUUAACAGUAGCAACGAAAGAGCCAAUGGCAAAAAUAGCAUUUCCAUAUACGUUCCGCUGCAGUUGAAAGUCGGUAAAUUUGUCAAGAUAGAGUUAAAACCUCGGUCAAGAUGGUUGCUGCUAAGCGAGAUCACUUUUGAAACAGUUGCAGGCGCGAAGAACAGCACCGAUGGAGCUUCGGAACAAUUGUCGUGGGUGUAUUCAAACGGCAAUGAGAACGUCAAUCAAACGAUUAAUCAGGAUCAGGUUGCGAGGACGAGGCAGAUCGAGGACAAAGGGAGCAGAGACGAUAUCGAACUGGAAACUCAAAUCGAGGACAAAAUCAAAGCUGAAGUAGGCGACGAGGGGAGGGCAAUCAAUAGUCAACGUGGGCGCACAGCGACAGCGGGGAAAACGCAAGCCGACUCCAACGAGACGACGUUGGUGCUAAACGAGUCGAAUCUGACACCGGACGCUUUCCCCGUGAACAAUUCGCCGGCGUACAUCGGGCUGAUCAGCGCGGCGUUGACCGUGAUCGCCUUCUUCUCGAGUUGCACGAUUUUCCUGAUGAAGCAGAGAGGCCGCAACAAAGUAGCGCUGCUGCAAAAGCACACCGCGUUACUGUGCAGCUCGCCGGCGCCGGGCAUCACGAUCAAUACGAAGGAUAUCAAGUUACCUACUCCGAUUGUGGUAAACAAUCUGUCGCAGUCGAGGCUGUCGUUGAAGACCAAAAUUGUCCCGAACAUCGAUUACAAAUUCGGCGAGGCCGACACGAGCGAACAACGUAGCGCGUGCGAGAAGAUUAACAAGAUGCCAGCGGAACAGUACGUCAAAUGCGAGGCCAGAUCGAGUUAUAAAGCGGAACAUUUCGAUGGCAAAAACAGCGAAAAAAAUUUCACUGACGAAACGCGAGUGGAACGUAUGGUACCAACGAUGCCGAGAAAACUGAGCCACUCGCAAGCAGGAAAGAUGAAUCACAGAGUGUACGAGAGUUAUUAUGCAGCUACGGAUAUCUUAACGAUAAAGAGACGUGAUCAGCAACCCACCGUAAGUCUCUUCACACCGCUGCUCAUUCGGGAUUCUGUCGUAUCGUAUAAACGUGGCUCUUACGAUGUUCCACGUAUCUCCCGGCACCGAUUGAGAAUCCUCGAUAAGCUCGGCGAGGGCAACUUUGGCUUAGUUCACCUGUGCGAGGCGAAAGGUAUACAAAAUCCGGAUUCAGGUAUCCUUCAAAACCGUCAAGUAGUGAUAGUCCGAUCGUUGUGGCGUGGUGUCGUCGAUGCAUUGAGGGAAGAUUUCAUGAACGAUAUGCGCAUCCUGGCUGAGAUUCGCGACGUUAACAUCGCCAGGAUAAUCGCGAUUGCCGAAGAGGAACCUUUUAGUGCCAUUUUCGAAUACGGAGAACUUGGGGAUUUAUCCAGCUUCCUGAAGAGUCGCGAUCGCGACGUGCCGAUAAGUUACGAGUGCUCAUUAAAUCUGAUCGCGCAAAUCGCUUCGGGUAUGAAGUACCUCGAAAGUUUGAACGUGCCGCAUUGCGAUCUGGCAGCCAGGAAUUGCAUCGUCUGUAACGAUCUGCUGAUCAAAGUGUCCGAUCAGGCCAUGUAUUGCAGUAAAUACGACAGCGAGUAUUACAUGGACGAGUGUUACGCGAAGAUACCGCUGCGUUGGAUGGCAUGGGAAGCGGUUUUAUCGGGAAAACGAAGCUGCCAGUCGGACGUUUGGUCGUACGGCGUGACAAUUUGGGAGGUACUGACGCGCUGCGAGGACGUGCCGUACGCCGACCUGACCUCGGAACAGGUGCUGGAGAACUGCGGCUUGUGGUAUCACUCACCGGACAGCGGCGGUAAGAAGAGAUGCCCGCGUAUUCUCGAGCAACCGGUGUUCUGCACGGACGAUCUAUACCGGCUGAUGCUGAGGUGUUGGUGCAAGCGCGCGGAGGACCGGCCCAGUUUCCAGGAGAUUCACUGCUACCUCAAGAAGCUGACUCUGGAUUAAGUGUGCGCGAUGCGCGAAAAACAAAAGCAUUUUUCUGCGAGGGUUCCAGCAGCGGCAGCGGCGGCGGCGCGGACCAAAUCGAUUACAAUCAGCUAAGAAGCAUCCUGAUUGCUCUCUCCUGACCGCUUUUGUGACUUGAUCAUCGAUGUACGAACCAAGGAGUCGUCAAUGCCUAAAAACACAUCAACACGUGGGAUGCUCUCUGGCCACUAAAAUUACUGCUCAACUAGAUUUAUCGAAUUUUCGAUUACGAAUAAGCGUAGGUUAAUAAAACGUAACGAUAAAAGCAAAAAAAAAUUCGACGCGACGAAUAAUCGCACGGUUUCUCGUAAAAUAUUCUUAUGCGUAUGCCAAGAAAUAAUCCAAGGAAAUAAUCUCUUCCUCUCUACGAUUAUUUCCGUGUGACAAUCGAGAGCGUGUACUCGGGAGGAAUUUCGAGAGCAAAUGUGAAAGAUUCGUCUACUUAUUUAUUAAUUUACAUAUCUCUCCAUCUCUCUCUCUCUAUCUCUCUUUACGCUUAUAUAUAUGUGAUACUCAUUAUCAUUUUUACUAUUAGAAGAAUCGCUCCAUGUCUUCUAUAGCUGUUACCCGAAUAGUCAAUCGUAGCGCGAUCACGACGUGAGCGAGCUCCGCUGCAAAGCUCCUUGAACGCGAAAGUUCAUUGAAUUUAAGACGCGGCUCUUGCGCGAAGCUCACUCGCGCACGUAUAUUUCGCCGACUGGGUACUCUGUGUUAUCAUAAGGAUUUGUUGCGCGUAGCCGAGGCAAAAUAAUUAUAUAAGUAAAAUCGGCAUAAUGCGAGCGUAAUACUAUAAUUACGUGUCGAGGAAUGACAAUCAGUUUUGCUCACCUACUUGUAUGUACUGAUUUUACGAAAAAAAAUAUCAUGAUAUACUCGUAUUGAUCGAUUCAGCUUAUCUAUCUUACGAGGCAAGUGGAUCGUUUGAUCUUUAAUCAAAUUUCGCGACGAUGACGCACGUUUUAAAUAGAGAUACUCUUCAUAUAUCCUUUCUUAUAUAUCUUAUAUAUAAGCUAAGUCAUCAAUUUUCAUUCAACAAUACAUAAUAAUUAUCGCGGGAUGUAUUUUAAAACGCGGGCGCUAUUUAUGGAUCGUGUUAUCGCGUCUCUUAUUAAUUCUUCCGAUUUAAGAGUAAGAGUAUAUAUCUGAGCUGCAUCUGUGCCAAAAAUAGUCGUAAUUCAAAAAAACAAAAAGGACACGUUUUCAGAAAAAACGUAGGAUUCACACGCGGAUAUUUUUCACCGUUCGAUGGUUAUACAAGAAAAAGUCUCGAAAGCACAAUUCCGUUUUAGGAUACAACCUGUACGCGAGAAUGAUACUGAUACUAACGGGGAAAACAAUGGGAAACUGAGCAAGAGAGCAAAAUAUGAGAAUCACAAUUACGAAUAUUGGAAAACAACGACGAUAAUAACGAUUACGAUAAACGUACAAUUUUAGAUUAUAUAUGUUUAUAACAGAUGUAACGUUUAAUUAAAUCAGAUUUGUAAUA